CUCCCCUGAGCCACCAGCCACUCACAGCGCCUGGGGCUCCUGCCACACAUGUAGAUAAAUAUGAUUCCUCGAUACCUGCCCCAACCUCCCUGCUCUCCCGUUAGUGUUAUCGGUGGGAUCAGACUGGAGUCCCAGCUGCUAACCCAGGCCCAGGGCCCAGGCCGGCUGAGCGCUCUGUGCUGGACGGAGAUGGCCUGGGUGCUGGUCGCUGCCUUUUGCCUUCUGAGCGGUGCCUGCGCCCAAUACUGGAGUGUGACACUCGCACCAGGGUCCGUUGAAAGAUGGGCCGGCUCCUGCGUGACCAUCCCCUGCUCCUUCACCUACCCCACAGGGUGGACGGUUAGUGCCGUGAUCUGGACACGGGAAGGGGAUCAAACCGUGUAUCACUCAGAUGAGGCUCGUGUCCACGCUGACUUCAAGGGGCGCGCCCGCUACCUGGGGGACCUGCAGCACAACUGCUCCCUGCGGGUGGUGGGGCUGCGCCCCAGCGAUCAGGGCACCUACCACUUCCGGUUCGAAGCAGCGGGCGAUGGCAGGAGUGACGCAUGGACGGGUCGGACAGGACAGCGGCUCAAUGUCUCUGACGAUCGGUGCCAGGCCUCCCUGGGGCGCCGACUGGAACCGGGACCCUCCCUCACCUGCUCCGUGGGGGCCGCCUGCCCCCAUCACCCCUCCUGGUAUGACCGAGAUGGCGCACGGCGGAGCCCAGAGCAAACCCCGGGCAGGGCUGGGGUGACCGAGCUGCAAAUAUCCCCGUCCCAGCUGGGCCCCGGCACGGCGCUGAGAUGCCAGGUGGAUGGAUACAGGGAUGAGUGUGACUCUGCCCAAGCCCAGCCCCUGGGGACAGUCGCCCCCAACGUGCCCAUGGUCGAGGUUUCGUGGCCGGCAGGGAAGGCAGUGCUGAGGGAAGGCGACAAUUUUACCCUGCGCUGCCAGGCUGCUGCCCUGCGGCCCGUCGCCGGGUACGUCUGGUCCCGCGGGGAUGUGUGGCUGCCAGAAGCCGGGCAGGAUUUACGUGUUCGCAAGGCAGCCGUCUCUGACGGAGGGAGCUACGCGUGCGGGGUCUGGGUCUCCGGCCCCGGCUGGGGGUAUCUGAGCCUCUCUGCGAGGGAAUCGGUCGAAGUUCAGCUCCCCGGGACACCCACAUACAUCAUAGGGCUUACUGUUGUGCUUGUCCUGUUACUGCUGGUGGGGCUGGUCGGCAUCACAGCUUGGAGUAAGAUGCGGCGCAAACACCAGGGAAUGAGCAGCAAUGCGCCAGCCGAAGAACAUGGGAAAAGUACCACAGGAGAUGCUGAGUUUUCCCACAAGCCAGAGACGGAGUCACCCUAUGAGGAACUCCAAGGACGGACCCAGGAUAUUUACAACGAGUUGGUCUUACCCCAAGCCGGUUCCCGCUAAGCUCUGCUGAAAUCCCAACCAGCCGGGGACCCCUCUGCACGGCCGGGACCUUAAAGCCAUCGCUCAGUGGGGCCAGAUCCCAGCAGGGGUCCACAAGCGCCGACUUUCCAUUGUGCCGGGGGGUGCUUGACCCCUGGCUCUGCCCCAGGCUCCACCCCUUUCCUCAAGGCCACACCCAUUUUCCCCAGUGGGUGCUCCAGCCCCAGCACACCCAUGGAGUCGGCAUCUAUGCUGGGGUCAAGCAGCCAUAGCUCCAUUGGAAUGAAUGGGGCCAGACCCCUAGUUGGGGUGCCGUGGCCGUCACUGCACUGGAGAACUCAACUGGGAAUAAAUAGCUCCGAAAUGCAGGGAUUGGGUCAUUUAUUUUUCUGCAUCAUCUUUAUAAAAAACAGUGGAAAUACCUGUGACGUUCUGUAGUUCGUGGGAACACCCUGCACCCCCACGUUCUGUGCAAUCAUGCAGGGCCGGCGCUUCCAUUAGACGA